GGGUUCCUCGUCGUGAGGAACCCAGAUCGGAUUCGAGCUGGGUUCCUCCGGAGGAACCCAGUUCCUCAUGGGUUCCUCCGGAGGAGAUUCGAGCAGUUAUCCAACCGAGUCGAAGAAAUUGAUGUUGGCAUCACAAACAAGAUUGACUAAGAACCAAGUAUCGAAUUGGUUUAUAAAUGCUCGGGUUCGGCUAUGGAAGCCAAUGAUUGAAGAAAUGUACAGAGAGGAGUUUGGUGAGUCUUCAGAAAACAUGGAUCCAUCAUUAGCUAGCAGUUCUGUGGGGAGAGAAGGUAACUCGGAUCAAGCUGAUGAUUAGAAGGAGAAAGAUCAUGGGUUCCUCGUCGUGAGGAACCCAGAGGUCCUUUUUUUUUUAUAUAUAUUUUUUUUGUUGAGGAAUUUUCACAUAAAAAUUAUGCUUGUCA